CUGCUGCCGCCGCCGCCGCCAUACUGCCGGCGGCGGCCUGUGCGGCGGGGGGCAGGGCGCUGCCCUCGCCUGCGGGGGGCACGCCCACUGGCGGCGCUGCCCCUGCAGGUGGGCUCCCCCACGGGCGCCGCCGCCUCCGCGGGCGGUUCGGCCAGCGGGGCAACGCCCGCAGGCGGUGCUACCCCGCCGGGCAGCCGCCCCUGGGGGGGUUUCGCCCGCGGGAGCAGCGGAGGCCCUGCGGCGCCUCACCCCGCGGUAGAAGCGGCCGCAGGCGCCUUUGCCCGUGGGUUCAGCACAAACGGCAGCAAGGGCAGCAACAGUUGUUGUCCUUUCUCGCUCUUGCGUCAACGAUUUUGACGUCAAAAGCUUCUCCAAAACACAACACACGCAGUUCAAAACCAAUCUUUCGCACGAACAACUUGGCUCUGAUACCACUGUUGGGAAAUCUUGGGGGCGACAUCACAUGCGCAGCGGAAGAACAAGAAAAAUAAAAUCUCCUAUUCCCAAAGAGAUGUUCGUCAUCGUGCAAAGAUUGAUGCACAAAAUCCGUGAAACUUAAAACUGCGUAUAGAGUAGAUUGUGUUACCUAGGGAGAUCGUAUAUCCCUGUUUCCUUAUAGAUCUUUAGGAGAGGAUGAAGGAGGUUAAGCGUCCUCCUCUCUAGCGGUGAUCUACACGGCAGGGCUGCUACGACGCUCCUCAAAACUCCAGGCCUGCUCUAAGAUAGAGAGGGGGAGGAGAAUAGGAGAGGCAAGCAAAGGCUCUAGCCUAUGAGGCUCUGAAUCCCUCCUAUUUAUAAAGAUCCCCUAUCAAAACCUAAUGGAUCCUCCCCUAGUGGGUAUUGGAUCUGCAUCCAAUUACCCAAGCCUUUUAGAUUAGUGGAUCUUUAUCCAAUAAUCUCUCAUGGGCUCUUAUUGGAUCUCGUCCAUGAGAUCCAAUAAUUCAGGGACUUAUUAGAUAUCCAAUAAAGACAGGGGUUCCGACGGAUAUCUCUUAUCCGAACCUCUACUCAUCGUAAUGCCUACCAUAUGUGUGUGACUCUCUAGGCCCAAUAUCAAGCUGACCGUGAGUCAUACCUGUCAGAACUCCUUCUAACUUAGUGAAUUAUUAUCUUUGUAAUAAUUCACUCGACUCAUCGACUACGGACAUACUAGGCCACUACGCCGUAGUCUCCAGACGAUACAGGAGAAUCCAAUCCAUUAGACCUGUCUGUCCUCAGUUACCAUGUACCUAUAGUCCCUCAUCCAUCUAAUAUCCCAGAGACCGUAUAUCGAGCAUGGUGCUGUCAGACCCAUACGGUUUCUACUCGAGUCUCGCUUUAAUCGGAUUCUCCCGGAGAACUCUUUCUCUCUCAACCCGAAUGACCCUGGCUAGGGAUUUGUCUAAGCAAGAACACAUGGGAUAUUCCUCUCAUGACGUCGAGAGUGGAUGAUCCUCUAUCGACACUCAAUAGCCCUCGUAAGGUCGACUGCCACUCCCAAUGACCAGCUAUACUAGAUCUGGGACAUCCAAACCUAUAAGUCUAGUAUCAAAGAGUGGAGCAUUCAUACAGGACAUCCUUGGUGUCUCAAGUCUAAGGACCAAAGACACCACUAGGACUAUGGAAUCGUUGUCUGACAAUAAGACAUCAUUAACCAUCCAGCAUUCCAAAAGCGGAUCAAUUAGUGAACUCAUUCUCCAAUGAACACCUGUAUUGUAUCCUUAGUGUCCCCACACGAGCAGCUGUGAGACCAGCUGCAUCCAUCAUAUGGACGGGUAUACAGCACACCAGUCUGUCCGGUUAUCACGAUUUUCCUCUCGAGUAACCUAUGACCGGGAUUAUUUAGGAUAUGUGUUUAAAGGUGAAUUAGUCUCAUUAUUGUGAUAUCAUCACGAUCCGAUUCUCAUUGCACGGAUCCAAGGAUAUCACAAUAUAUACAUGCAUAUAUGCAAUAAUCAAGAUAAAGUGAUAAAUGCCAAAAUAUAAUAAGAAAAAAGAUUCCGUGUCAAGUCACACGUGCCAUCACUCACGUGAUUGGCUUGCUGGGCACCUAUGACUAGUAGAGCCAUCGCGGGCUAUUGUUGAUGCUCCGAUAACACUAGGAGAGAGCUCGUUGGGGCCGCCGUGAGGGCCUCGGGGGGUUACUGGCAGGUGAGGCCUAGGAGGGCCUUAGAUGAGACGAGUAGGUGUCUAAGAGGGGUGGUCAUGAGUCAUCAAACAUACGCCAACAGCGUUCAGGGGGUUGGUGCUCCACCGUGGGAGGUUUUGGACCAUAAGUAAUGCCUCCUUGCUGGAGCGUUCGUUGAGAGGAGUAGUAGAAGGAUGUUCCUAUGGCAUUUGGCCAUCCUUCUAGCACUAAAAUGAUAGUGCCACGAAUACUGUCGACUGAUGAGUCGGCCCAAUUGGUUCACUACUGAAGGUGCAUGCUCAUCUUGGUGUCUCCUCCUCGCUGAUGUGAGGUGCUGACGUGGCGAAUCGACGAGGGAGGUUCGCUAAGGGGGUGGUUCGUCGGGGGUGAUCUGGCCUUGGAACGAAGAGGUCAGGUUAAGGAGUGGGGAUCUCCCUUACUGCGGGGUCAUCUCCUAAUGGCGGGGUCGUCUCCUGACCACUGGUAGUCCUGCACAACAGGUCUGCGCUUGCGGUUUUCCUGUCUCGACCCCUCUGAUGCCUUAAGUCAGCGCAAAGCAAAGGGAGAGAAAGACAGCAGCAUUAGCUGUAUAAAUAAAAAAGUAGAAAAUAGAGAGGCUAUUACCUACCUGCCCUAGCUUGGCUUGGGGCGUGGCUUUUAUACUUAGGCAUCAAGCGGUCUAGUCAUGCUUUAGCUAAAGUCCCCCUUACUUUGAAUGGCGGAAGCAUUAAUGAGGGCGGCUUGCUGUCAGUCAUUAAUGCAGAUGCAUGGCUCGAGAUGUCAACCAAGAGGUGUCUAGGAAAGUUGAGGCGUGCUAUCAUUAAUGAUCGCUGGUUUCCAUGCCUUUAUUGUUUGUCAGUCCAUGUGGUGGAGGGAGCUGGAGGGUGCCAAUAUUAUCCCUAUCAGCUUGUAAGUAAGAAUCUUGAUAGGAACCCUGUUUGGUGGCAAGAUGGUUACUGCUGCAUGUGGAAAACUACCAAAAAAUAGGAAAGUUAUUGCACAAGAAAAAGAUACUUCUUGUGAUUCAGUGAGAUCGUGGUAGGAAAGUAGGAUUCCAUUUUGAUAUGUUGCUAAUAAAGCCAACUUAUGGUUUGUUACUUCUGCCCUACUCUAAACUAUUGCAUUCUUCCAGUUUCAAACCACCUGGGUUUUCUUUAGCUCAUGAUCUAUCUGAAGAUGUUUCUUCUUUGUCGAGAAGAAUGUUUACAAUUUAGCUGGAGAAUAGAAUCUGGGAUUGACCAUUAUGUAUCAGUUUCAUUUUAGCUCUGCCGUUCUUGUCUAGUUUCAUUUUUUAACUUUUUCAAGCUGUCACCAUUGUAUAGAUGUCUUGGAGACACCUGUAACUUUGUGGAAUUAGAGACAUUGAUAAGAAUGUUGAAUUUCAGUUUCAUUUUCAACAUCAAAACAUUAACUGCUACAAACAAUAAUGCACCUAGUUUCAGGAAUUCAGAACUCUCUCACAUAUAUCCUGUAUUUAAGACUAUAUCUUCCAACCCCCAUUAUUACAUUGAUUUUGAUAUAUCUCAUUGCUAAUUACUGGGCAUGGUAUUGAUAUUUUGGUCAAUGCAUAUUGUGUUAAAAAUAACACAAUAUAAUUCCUUGUACUCUAUUGUAAAGAAUAACGAUUUGUGAUCCUUUCUGCCUAUAAUUCUUUUCAUAGUGUAUACUGGUAGCACAACCAUAAUUGGAUAGCAUGAGAGAAUCUAAAUUGCUUCUUUUCCUUCAUAUUGUUUUCUGUCAUCCUAACAAGUCAUUGUUUAUGUGGAUUGUUUGGUUGCUGGCUCCAUGAUUUAUAAUAUGUAAAUAUGCCAAACUAGAACAUGCUUGAUAUGCUACUAGGUGCUACCUUUGCUUUUAGUUUGUAUGAUCAAUCUUGUUUCUUCCUAAAAUAGAUGCUUUUGUAGAUCAUUCCUAUCUGAUAAAUGAUGAACACUGAUGAAGCUAACUCUGUCAUAUUGUUAUCUUUUCAACUCAUUCAUAUUUCACCAUGAAGGAUCAUCAUUCUAUUUGUUAAGUGAAUUAAGUGGUUAGACAUCCAUAGCUUCUCUUAUGACAUUUUAUGGCAAAACAAGGAUAUGUAAUUAACAAUAAUAUGCUCAAUUGUCAGGUUGGAGAAGAUGGGGGCUUUAGAAGUCCAUAAAUUGGUUAAUGAGCACCAAGGGUGGCGCCUUCUUUCUUGCAUUUGGCUACAUGCUGGAUUGAUCCAUGUAAUUACCAAUAUGUUGAGUCUUCUCUUUGUUGGAAUUCAACUUGAGCGAGAAUUUGGAUUUGCAAGAAUUGGCCUGUUAUACAUCAUGUCUGGAUUUGGCGGGAGUCUGUUGUCUUCUCUGUUUACUGCAUCAAGGAUCUCUGUUGGUGCCUCUGGUGCCCUGUUUGGAUUGCUUGGUGGCAUGCUUUCUGAACUUUUAACUAACUGGACAAUCUAUGCUAAUAAGUUUGCAGCAUUGUUGACCCUUAUAUUUAUUAUUGUAAUUAAUUUGGCUGUUGGACUCCUCCCGGAUGUGGACAACUUUGCGCAUAUUGGAGGAUUUGUUUCUGGGUUUCUUCUUGGAUUUAUGCUUCUAAUUCGACCCCAGUUCGGGUGGGUUAGCCGAGAGAAUGCUCUACCUAUGUAUCAUUCAACCCCAGUCAAACACAAGCACAAGAUAUACCAAUACAUACUAUGGAUCACUGCAGCCCUCCUUCUGGUUGUUGGGUUCACCAUCGGCCUCGUCAUGCUGUUUCGAGGGGUUAAUGCAAAUGAUUAUUGUCCUUGGUGCCGUUAUCUAAGUUGCAUUCCUACGUCAAAAAAGAGUUGUUCAUCAUCGCCCAUUUAUUGCUCGUCAUCUCAAGAAGGGAGCAACGUGAACUUGUCAUGCGAAGGCAGCAGCAGAACCCACAGCUACUUCUUGCCGGACGCAACGGAAGCUCGAUUACGAGAACUGUGCUCCCAGCUAUGCAGUUGACGAUGCAUUUUUCGUUUCUAUUCCUCCAUUAUUUGUAGUCCAUUUUAGAUUCUUUGUACACAUGGGAAGCAAUGCUUUCUUUCUAUUAUAGGGUGUUGCUUUGUGUGGCCCCAUUAAUUUACGGGUCGCUUCAAUCCAAUUAGAUACCUGUAAACAUCGAAUAGCUGUGAUGGAAACAAUGCUCUUUGCGUGAUCGACAAUUAAACGAAUGAAAGGAACUAUAAAGCUUUGAACUUA